ACGGCUGCUCCCGUGCCUCCCCCCCCCACCCUCCCCACCUCCGACAGCACAGCGCUCUGAGGGGAGACACAGGGGUGAGUAGGGCAAAGGGGCAACACCACCAGAAGAGCUGAAAGUUUGAGCUGGGUCCACCCCGACAUGAACGCCGCCACCCGGCCGGUGACUGUCACCCGAACCCUGCGGGCGUCCAAAAGGCAUAGAAGCCUGAGGAGGAACUCCCGGAUCCAGUCCCUCUACCAGCACCAACAGCCUGACCAAUCGGAUGAGGACAGAGAGGAUGAGCAGGUGGACAGCAAUGACCCAGAGGAGAUGUUUCAGAACAUUCAGAUCCAGAAGGAGAUCAUUGCCAACAUUCGCACCAGACCCUGGCCAAUGAGACGCAAGCUGAAAGCCCUCAAGCAGGCUAAAGAUAUCGUUCUCAGAUAUGAGGGGCGACUGACCAGGACUCGGGGAUACCAAACUGCAGGAGCAGACCUGUUGAAGAAACUUUCUCGCUUGCUGUAUAACAUCGUCGUUCUGUUCAUUCCGUGGGAGAUGAGGAUCAAGAAGAUAGAGAGUCAUUUCGGAUCAGGUGUGGCCUCUUACUUUAUCUUCCUGAGAUGGCUGUUUGGAAUCAAUAUUGUCCUAGCCAUCAUGACUGGAUCAUUUAUCGUCCUGCCUGAACUGCUUGCGGGGGCACCGUUUGGUACCACCAGGAGCAAGACCAUUCCUAAGGAGCACCUGGCCUCUGCACAAGACCUGGACACCAUCUGGUCUCUUGGGGGCUACCUUCAGUAUUCUGUCCUAUUUUAUGGAUACUAUGGAAGGGUACGGAAGAUUGGGAGUGCGGGUUACCGCCUGCCCCUGGCCUACUUUCUGGUUGGGAUGGCUGUUUUUGCCUACAGCUUCAUCAUUCUGUUACGAAAGAUGGCUAAAAACUCCCGUUUGAGUCUAUCCAGUGCCUCGGAUGAGAACUACACUUUCUGUUGGCGCGUGUUCUGUGCCUGGGACUACCUGAUCGGAAACCCCGAGGCUGCAGAGAGCAAAGGGGCGGCCAUCGUCAACAAUAUCAGGGAGGCGAUUGUUGAAGAACAGGAGAAGAAGAAAGACACAAGCCUGGCAGUCCUGGUCAGUCUGAGGAUCCUGGCGAACAUUCUGGUGCUGUUGUCUCUGGCAGGCAGCAUUUAUAUCAUCUACUUUGUGGUGGAGCGUUCUCAGAGAUUGGAGCAGCAGAAGAGGGAGCUGACCCUGUGGCAGAAGAACGAGGUUUGUGUGGUUGUGUCCCUCAUCACCAUGAUUGCCCCAUCGGCUUUCGAAUUGGUCUCCCAGCUGGAGAUGUACCACCCCAGGACCAGCCUCCGUUUCCAGCUGGCCAGGGUCCUGGUGUUGUACCUGGGGAAUCUCUACAGCUUAAUCAUCGCUCUGUUGGACAAGGUGAACAGCAUGAGCUCAGCUGUUCCAAUCAAUACUGGGAACUGGUCAGACUCCUCUGCGUUCCUGGCCACCAUUGCACUUCCCGAGGAGGACAACCUGUCCACCAUCAUGCCGGACACAACCGAGAGGCACAACACCACCUUCAGCCUGGGGCUGGAGGUGAACAGGACCAAGAGCGCCACGCCUGUCCUCCUGAACCAGACCACACUGUCCGGGUACAACAUGAGGGCACAGCAGGACCAGUGCUGGGAGACCUAUGUUGGCCAGGAAAUGUUGAAGCUUUCCAUUAUUGACAUGAUCUUCACGGUUCUGAGCAUCUUGCUGAUUGAUUUUAUUCGGGGCCUUUUUGUCCGAUUCUUAAGCGAUUGCUGGUGCUGGGAUCUGGAGAGCAAGUUUCCUGAAUAUGGUGAAUUUAAAAUUGCUGAGAAUGUGCUUCAUCUGAUAUAUAACCAAGGAAUGAUAUGGAUGGGGGCCUUCUUCUCCCCCUGCCUGCCUGCGUUCAACGUGCUGAAGCUGAUCGGACUGAUGUACCUGCGCAGCUGGGCCGUCCUGACCUGCAACGUUCCUCAUCAGCAGGUCUUCAGGGCCUCCAGAUCCAACAACUUCUACUUGGCAAUGCUUUUGUUCAUGCUCUUCCUCUGUAUGCUUCCCACUGUCUUUGCCAUAGUGAGGUACAGACCGUCACAGCACUGUGGGCCUUUCAGCGGUCAAGAGAAGAUUUAUGACAUCAUCUCUGAGACUGUCACCACUGACUUCCCCGUCUGGUUCAACAAAGUGCUGGGCUACGUCACCAGCCCUGUGGUCAUCCUGCCAGCACUCCUCUUGCUGUUCAUGCUGAUAUAUUACCUGCAGGCCAUCGCCAGAUCGCUGAAAGUAACCAACAAUCAGCUGAGAAUGCAGCUUCAGACGGAAAGAACAGAAGAUAAGAAGAAGGUUUAUCAGAUGGCUGCAGCAAGGAUGCAGAGCACGGAGGGAGGGGAUAAAAACCCAGACGAGGAGGGUCACGUGAUCGCCCAGGAGGUCUCCGACCGCCGCUGCUCGCCCAGGCGCAACGGCGACGUCGCCGGCUUUGAGUCCCCGGAGAGGCGGGGCAACGGUGUCCGAACCAUCGCCCAGUCCGCCCCGCGCGCUGACGUCAACAGGGCCUUCGGCGCCUCCCGGAGUCCGUCCGUUCCCGCAGCACAGAGGCACAGGGCGGAGCACACGCCAAGCAGGCAUCCAGGAUAUUCAAGAGGUUCUAGUGGCGCCUGCAGGUCCCAGUCCUUCCACCGGGUGGCAUAUAAUCCCCCCUGCUGUUAUUCUGAGAGCGUCCACUCGGAUCCCCUGUUCAGGAAGAGCUUUCGGCCUGCACCCCGAGAGGCUGUGGGAGUGGCUGCAGCCCAGAGUCUCACCGGCUGUCGGUUCCACGCCACACGCUACGUGAUCGUCAACGAGCACGACGCCCAUCGGAGGCCCCCGCGGUCCUCCGUUCGCAUCCCCCGGCAUUACUGCACGGACGAGCCGGUCGACGUUGUGGAGCUGUACCCCCGGAACAUCGUGAGGUACUCCGCCCGGCCCUCGCACCAGUGGUGCCAGCCGCACUUUAACGAGGAGGAGGAGGAAGAGAGGGCAAGCUCAAGGAGGGGCUCAUUCGGCCAAUCACGUCGUCCCCAGUCCAUGUCCGACCUCCGCCAACCUGUACGCAUCUAUAGGGCAGACAGUGGGCUGUCCGUCGCCCGGGGCCAGGCCAGGGGGCAUUAUGGGAUGCCGGAGGACCGUGAGAUGGACGGAGGGGAGAGUGUGGCAUCGCAGUGCUGCUCCCAGGCAAACAUCAGGACCCCCAACGUCCCGGACAGGCACGCAGGUCACGAGCUGCAGGUCAAGCCCAAAGUGCCCAAGCACAAGUUGGCACCCUCCCAGACCGAGUCCGACUCUGACUCCAUAGCGUCCAGCAGCGAUCAGCAGAACAGUAGUACUGACCAGUACAUCCAGGUCAUCCAUUAUAAGCAGAAAUGCCUGAAGUCCAGAGGCAAGGUGGCUAAAAGGGAGCCCAAAGCCAGCGGAGAUAUAAAUGUAUCCGGAUCAAAUGAACUGUUCUGCUCAAAUGUUUAA